AAAACAAGGGAGAGAAACUAUAGAGAGAGAAACCGAACUAUAAAAAAAAAAAAAACAAACUAUAAAUUCCACUCUUACGCCUCUUAUGGCGGUCCUCUCGAUUCACCACCACCAUUAACGACUUCUUCUUAUUCUUCUUCUAAUCCUUAGUCUCUCCAGUGACUGCUGACAAUAUUUUUUUUCCGUCUUAUUUUGGUGUUGGGUAUCGAGUUUCAGCAUCUGGGUAUUGCCCAAUUCUUCAAAUCAUAACAGGUAUCUAGUAAAAUUUUUUCGCUUCUCAGAUACUUGACGCUUUUCCAUAUAUAUAUAUAUAUACAUAAAUAUAUAUUAAUUUCGUGUUCUGGGGCUCUCUGUGGUUUGGUUUCUGCAAUCCGAUUUGAUCUCUAAAUUUCCGUAAAUGCGGAAACUUUUGAUGGUGAAUUUUGCAAUUCUAGAUAUUGAGUCCGAACCCGAAUUUUCCCCCAAAAUUGUGCAGUUUUAUUACCACAAUAGCGUCUGAAUGAUACUAAUGUGUAACAAAGGUAUUGCUGAUAACUCAAUUGAUCAGCAACGCCGUCACCAGUCCUUGUUCUUGAUGGAUGGGCAUAAUAACAACCACCAUUCUAGUACAACAAACCUGAUUUCGAUACCGGGUUCGAACGACGAAACCCCGAGGGUUAAAUUCCUGUGUAGCUUUCUGGGCAGCAUAUUGCCCCGCCCGCAGGACGGGAAGCUCCGGUACGUGGGUGGGGAGACGCGGAUUGUGAGCGUCCCGCGGGAUAUUAGUUAUGAGGAUUUGAUGGGGAAGAUGAGGGAGCUUUACGAGGGCGUGGCCGUGUUGAAGUACCAGCAACCGGACGAGGAUCUCGACGCCCUCGUAUCGGUUGUGAAUGAUGAUGAUGUGACUAACAUGAUGGAGGAGUAUGAUAAGUUGGGGUCCGGGGAUGGUUUCACUAGGCUGAGGAUUUUUCUGUUUUCGCACCCGGAGCAAGAUAGUUCUCCGUCGCACUAUGACGGCAUUGGCGUUGGCAUUGGCAUUGGCGAUGAGAGGGAUACCGAGAGGCGGUAUGUGGAUGCCUUGAACAAUUUGAAUGAUGGACCUGACUUUAGGAAGCAGUUGCAGCCUGAAUCCCCGGUGAUGAGCCCGGUCGAGGACAUACAUGUCGCGGAGCAGUAUUUUAACUCGUUGAGUCUCGAGGGCAGCGUUCAUAACCAGAGGAAUUAUGAGAUUUCGACGAUUCCGCAGUAUAAUUUGCAUCAUCUUUCGAUUCCGCAUAUGGGGUCGGGCCAACACCAUCAGCCGAUGAGCCAGAGGUAUAGUGAGAUGGAACCUCCUUGGAGCCCUGCCUUCUAUUCCCCGAGGCAUCACGGGCACGAACCGAGGCCAAUGACAGAGUUUCCUUCUUCUCCGUCGUCUGCAAGAUUUCAUGUGCCGUUUGCUGAGUUGGUACCGGAUAAAUGCUUGGAUAGAAUGCCUGACGAAUAUCCUCGGCAGCAAGUGAAUCAACAGCAGCCUGCAUUUGAGCACCAACAUCAGUAUUCAGAGAAUGUUGCGUGGCUGCCAACCGGAGCUUUGUCUGCUGAAAAAUCGGGUUUUCCUGGAAAUCUUUUUCAUGGGCCGAAUGUUGCUGAAGGAAGUAGUAUCUGCGAGCAUUGCCGGAUGGCUUUCCAGAGAAAUUUCAAGCAUCCGAACGUGGGAAAUGGACUUCACCAAGUGCCUAAUCCGUGCGUUGAUUGCCCACCAAACAGGGAGAUAUUGAAUCAUGGAAUUUAUGCGAACGAGCAGAUCAACGAUCACCGACCUUUAUACAGCGACACUCAAAAUCAUGAAAGAGGAUGGAUUUUGCAGCAACAGUUUAAUGCCCGGGCUGAUGAAGCAAGAUCAAAUGUCUCUGGCUCUGUGAGAACCAAUGACCACUAUCCUGUGGAUGGUCUUGGCAUCAAUUUGCCUCUUGCUCACGGUAGUAUCGCAGAAGGCCGUCCCGUGUCCUCAAACUACGUUCAGCACCAAGCAGGACACGAAUUGGGGAAUGAAGUUUUCCAUGACCAAACCGUGGCUGGUGCACCGCAGAUACACGUUCCUUCACCCGAAGAAAGCGGUGUUCGAUAUGGAAACAUUCCUUUUGUCCAUGGAGGAGAAUCUCUUUACCCAAGUCAUGGACAUUUGCCUGGACAUGCUUUAUGGAGAAAUGUUCAUAACCCAGGACAUGUUGGUCAAUCUUAUGAAGCAUGUAAUUCGAUGCCGCCAGUCAAUGGCAAAGUUAGUCCAGGAUUCCCAAGAGGCCAAUGGGAAGGAAGUCCUAGGUUUUGUAUUGGAAUGGAAAAUCAGAAUCCCUGGGCUGAAUCCUCUAAAAUGAUGGCUUUUGAUGGCAAAGCUGUUCCAGAAUAUGCCUACGGUCAUGAUUCGAGACUAAAUCCUACAGCACUUGGUCAGGAAAAUCAACAUCCGUUUUGCCUGGAUCCUGUACGAGUUUCACUCGACAUGACAAACAUUGUUAAUCCCGCUGAACCUGCUAAAGAAGCUGUGAGGUUGGAUGGGAAAAACAUGCCUGAAGAAGAGAAAGAAGAAAUUCAUGUGGAAAAGGCCGAGAACUCUGAUGUGCAGGAUAUUUCUUAUUCAGAGGUAAAAAAGGUCGGUGACAAUAAUCGCGAGGUUGCAUCUCUUGAGACAGUAAAUUCAAAUUGCGUAAAGCCAGCAGAAGAGAAUGUGGAUGUUGCCAAGCAAGGGGAAAAGGAUUCUGCUCUUGAAGAUUUGAAGCCUUCGGUUGAGCAGCUGAGUUUCUUACCUGAUUUGGUUGCAUCUGCAAAGAAAGCGGCAUUAGAUGGGGUGAAUGACGUGAAAGCAAAAGUUGCAGAAAAUACAGAUGCUGAGAAGAUCGGUUCAUUAACCAAAGAAGUGCCAUCUAAUGAGUUAGAUUCAGCGCAGAAUGCUCCAGUUGAUUCAGAAUUGGAUUCUGAUACUGAUAAUAUAAACAACUCUAGAAUCGAGCCAACAACAGCUGAGGCGGAAGCCAUUGCCAAGGGAUUGCAGACGAUAAAAAACGACGAUUUGGAGGAGAUCCGGGAAUUAGGCUCUGGAACAUAUGGAGCUGUUUAUCAUGGGAAGUGGAGGGGUUCUGAUGUAGCAAUAAAAAGAAUAAAAGCCAGCUGUUUCGCUGGGAGACCAUCCGAAAGAGAACGCCUGAUUGCUGAUUUUUGGAAGGAAGCUUUGAUAUUGAGCUCAUUACAUCAUCCAAAUGUUGUUUCUUUUUAUGGCAUUGUCCGUGAUGGUCCUGAUGGUUCUUUGGCGACUGUAACGGAGUUCAUGGUUAAUGGAUCUUUGAAACAAUUUUUGCAGAAAAAGGACAGAACAAUUGAUCGUCGUAAAAGACUCAUCAUAGCUAUGGAUGCUGCAUUUGGAAUGGAGUAUUUGCACGGGAAGAACAUUGUCCAUUUUGAUUUGAAAUGUGAAAAUCUUUUGGUAAACAUGAGAGAUCCCCAGCGGCCCAUUUGCAAGAUUGGAGACUUGGGCUUAUCGAAGGUAAAACAGCACACCUUGGUGUCGGGAGGUGUUCGUGGAACUUUACCCUGGAUGGCACCCGAGCUUCUUAGUGGGAAAAGUAACAUGGUUACAGAGAAGAUUGAUGUUUACUCAUUUGGCAUUGUGAUGUGGGAAGUGCUCACGGGUGAAGAACCUUAUGCAGAUAUGCAUUGUGCGUCUAUAAUUGGAGGAAUCGUGAAUAACACAUUACGUCCUCAAAUUCCAACAUGGUGCGAUCCCGAAUGGAAGUCUUUGAUGGAAAGUUGUUGGGCCUCCGAUCCUGCGCAGAGGCCGUCGUUUUCAGAAAUCUCUCAGAAGCUGAGGAAUAUGGCUGCUGCUAUGAACGUUAAAUAAUUCUCCAGCCUUGACGCAGCUUACUCACUUGUACCUGUUAGUUGCCAAGACUUGCGAAAGGAAUAACGGGAAGCACAGUCAUCUGCAGUUUAAAGCCGCCACUGUUUUUAAAGUAUAUGGAAGGCUAAUAAUAGUAAUAUUAUCCCUUGGUUUAUCUCUAUUAAUUGAAUCUUUUGUGUUACUAAAUAGUGCCAGUUACGUAAUGCACUCUUUACUAGAAUUCACCUGGAAGACUGAUAGAAAAGGCGAGCUAUGCGAGCGCCUGUCAGAAUGUUUUUGUAAUUUUGGAGAGGACCAGGGGGACACUACUGAUGUCGACGAAACUACUAUACUUUUGGGGUCAAACCGAGCUCUUUUUUUCUUGAAGGAUCUUUGUAUAUAAAUAAAUGGCAAUUCCUGUGUUUGAAGCUUUUUAUUGAUAGCUUACAGAUGCAUUGUGCUUCCAAAGAUGAAACUGAAACUAUUAAAUUAUUUGUUUUUUGGGGUCUA